GUCCGUCCGUCCGUCCGGCCAGUGUCCGGAGCCUCCCCUCCAUACUAGAUCACCCCUCGCACGCUCCGCCCGGUGGCGGAAAAGGAGCCACCUGUUGAGCCGGGACAUCCGCGCUCUCUCCUCCGACCGCCUUUCCGUCCGCGGAACUUCACUCAGUGGGUCUGUCCUCCGUCUCGCCGCUCUCCUUCGUCCUCCUCCUCCUCCGUCCUCCUCCCACCGCCGGGCGGACCGCGGACCAUCGAGCUCCGCUUCGCUCCGUCCCGUCCCGCUCCGUCCCGUCCCGCUCCGCUCCGUCCCGCCGCAGCGACGACGACGAGUGACCCGGCCGGGGCGCCGAUGCCCACCGAGAUGCGAUCCGUCAUGGAGCCGCUCUGGGAGCCCGUGAAGAUCAAAGCCCAUUACGGGGGGGACAUGCUCAUCACGGACCUGGACGCCACCAUGACCUACCUGGAGCUGUGCGAGGCCGUGCGGGACAUGUGCAGCUUGCACCCGGAGCAGCCCAUCACCCUCAAGUGGAUCGACGAUGAAGGGGACCCCUGUACCAUCUCGUCCCAGAUGGAGUUGGAGGAGGCCUUCCGCCUCUACAGCCGCAACCGCAACUCGGGACUCCUCCUCCACGUUUUUCCCAGCAUUCCGGAGAAGCCCGGCAUGCCGUGCCCAGGAGAGGACAAAUCGAUCUACCGCCGCGGGGCUAGAAGAUGGAGGAAGCUCUACCGAGUCAAUGGGCACCUCUUCCAGGCGAAGCGCUUUAACAGGAAAGCGUACUGCGGUCACUGCAGUGAGAGGAUAUGGGGGCUGGGCAGGCAGGGCUACAAGUGUAUCAACUGCAAACUGCUUGUCCAUAAGCGCUGCCACAAGCUCGUCCCUCCCACCUGCCAGAGGCCUAUGGAUCCCGUCAUGCCAUCACAGGAGCCCCCAGCAGACGACGGGAGCAACGAGGUGGACCUCCCCCCUGAUGACACAGAUGGAAUCCCCUUCCUAGCGCACAGCCGCCAGCUGGAGAAGACUGAGGAUGACUCCGAGGACCUCAAGACAGUGGUGGACGGCUUGGACGGGAUCAAGAUCUCCCAGGGCCUGGGGCUGGGCGACUUCGACCUGAUCCGGGUCAUCGGGCGCGGCAGCUACGCGAAGGUGCUCCUGGUGCGACUGAAGAAGAACGACCAGAUCUACGCCAUGAAGGUGGUGAAGAAGGAGCUGGUGCACGACGAUGAGGACAUCGACUGGGUGCAGACGGAGAAGCACGUGUUCGAGCAGGCGUCCAGCAACCCCUUUCUGGUCGGCCUUCACUCCUGCUUCCAGACCGACAGUCGGUUAUUUCUGGUGAUCGAGUACGUGAAUGGCGGCGAUCUGAUGUUUCAUAUGCAGCGGCAGCGGAAACUUCCGGAAGAACACGCCCGAUUUUAUGCAGCUGAAAUUUGUAUUGCUCUGAACUUCCUCCAUGAGAAAGGCAUCAUCUACAGAGACCUUAAACUGGACAAUGUUCUCCUGGACCAUGAGGGACAUAUCAAACUGACAGAUUAUGGGAUGUGCAAGGAAGGAAUCAGACCUGGAGACACCACCAGUACUUUCUGUGGAACUCCUAACUAUAUUGCACCAGAGAUCCUGCGUGGGGAGGACUACGGGUUCAGUGUGGACUGGUGGGCUUUAGGUGUCCUCAUGUUCGAGAUGAUGGCCGGGCGGUCGCCAUUCGACAUCAUCACAGACAAUCCUGACAUGAACACGGAGGAGUACCUUUUCCAAGUUAUUCUUGAGAAGCCCAUUCGGAUUCCAAGGUCUCUGUCGGUGAAGGCGGCCAGCGUACUGAAGGGUUUCUUGAACAAGGACCCCAAGGAGCGUCUCGGCUGCCAGGUGCACACCGGAUUCACAGACAUCAAGUCCCACACGUUCUUCCGCAGCAUAGACUGGGAGCAGCUGGAGAAGAAGCAGGUGACCCCGCCCUUCAAGCCCCAGAUCACCGAUGACUACGGCCUGGAUAACUUCGACACUCAGUUUACCAACGAACCGGUGCAGCUAACCCCUGACGACGAAGACGUCAUCAAGAGAAUAGACCAGUCCGAAUUUGAAGGAUUCGAAUACAUCAAUCCCAUGAUGCUGUCAACCGAGGAGUCCGUAUGAGGGAGACGUCCGUCUCGUCGUUCAUCCACGUCUCUUCAAGGCGAUGGUUCUCCUUUUUUUUUCUUUUUUUUUUAAAGAAAAUCUCAGUGACUCGAAGUGUAAGUCAGGGUGGGGCCAAGAAAACCUCUCCAGAACUGCUUGCAUGCAAGGUUGAGGUAUUGCUGAAAGACGCGGGGCGAUGGACACGCAACACUUUAUCUUGGAGGCAGAAGUGCAGAGAAGGCAAUGCAAAGAGAAUUGACACGAAACAAAUGAAUAAAAUGACGAGAAUCCCCAAGGCCGGGCCGUGGUCGUCUUCCUCCAACCGCUCCUAACCCACGUGUGGAGGUCAGUGCUGCUGCCUUCACACCUGAAGACAAAGCUCGUUCAUUGUGUGCCUGCGACCGCUAAGGAUUUUACAAUAUCCCCAUCAUCCCUUGGUAAAUAUGACAGUUCUGCUCCAGAACUUGAAUUAAUGUGCACUGCCCCCCACAGUAACCCCCCGUGGUUCCACUUUUCAAAGACACUAGCUAUCUUGAAGGUCAGGCCUCUAAAGCAAGAAUGUACAAUGAAGAAAAAAAAAGAUGAACUUGUAUUAUUCUGUAGGUAGCAAAUACAAAUCGAUGCCUUUUAUUGAUGGGAAAAAUGGCACGUUUUAUUUAUAACCACAUUGUUUUUUUAUGUUUUUCCUCAGCUAAUUGCUGUAUUUCAUCUACAAAGGAGCUGCGUUUUACUGGCAGUCGGUUUUCCGAGAAACUGGAGACGGAAGGUUUUCUUAAGAAGUGCCUCAAAGAUCCAAUAUGUAUUUAUACCAUAUUCCAGAUUGCACUUAAAAAAAAUCAAUGGUUGAAAUUAUAGUAACUUUUUAGAAGCGUCCACUGUUCCGAUAGCCCUCUUUAUUGUAGCUGAGCUUUCUUCACGCCCACAAAGGGUCGACUUUGUGCUCACUGUAGGCCAGUGCCGCUCCGCUCCACUUCCACAAUGUGCGCCAUUCGGUUGGACCACAGCAGCCAUGCAAAGCACUUCUGGGACAUAAAGGUUUUGAAAUUUCAAGAUGUAGCUGCAAAAGCGGGUUGGCCUGUCAUUUGGAGAGGUGUGACCACGAUGACUGUUACAGUUGGAGAACGGUGCCCGCUCAGCGACGUGAUGACAUAAAAAUGAUGGCAGUGUGUAGCUGUGCUAUAUUAUUUAUUGCAUCAUUUUGUGAAGGCAUAACUCUGUAAAACCACCCAAUACCAGUGACUGGAAGGACAGGUUUUCCGUCUUUUUUUUUGUUGUUGUUUUUGUUUUGUUGAUCCUCACUGACUGGCGCCACUGGACUGCUUGUGACCCGUGAUGUUCAGAUGUUACUCGGUCCCAUGUCUGUUUUGAGCUCUGUACUUUUUUUUUUUUUUUUUUUUAAUAAUUAUUAUUGCUCUGCAUGCAGCGGUUGGAUGGCAAACCCCUACAGCUCUCCACAAGAAAGGCGCUACCACCACGGUCCCCACCCACAAGGUGACUGUCCUGAUGUCGCCACCUUCAGGCCGACACUUGACAUCAGUGGUGCGGUGACAUAGCUGAGUUAGGUUAGCGUCGUAAUGCUGCUCCUGAGGUGCACAGAGAAAUGAAGACUGCCCUCCAUCCCAUCUCUGCUAGGAACACAUCUUUUUUGACAACUCACACCUCAACACAAGUUUGAAAGAUAAAGACAUCUUUAAAGUUAAGUUUAGAAGCGGUUGCAUAGUCUUUUUUACCCCCCACUCUUCCCUGGGUAGAAAAGCUGAAAUGCAAAUUAUUUGAUUAGAUCUGCCCUGUAUUAAUAUGAUAAUAUUGUAAUAGGAUUAAUUAGAUCCUUCUCCAGUCAAUUAGCUGGUGGGGGUAUGUGUGUCAGGAACAACAAAGGAAGAGGCACCAGAUAGAGAAGCGAGUGGAUGGAGACCAGCAGAGAUUACAAGGCCAAGGUUUAAUCGUUUUGAUUCCACACCCCACCCCCCCCAAAAAAAAAAAAAAAAAA